GGCAUCGCACUUCGCAGUGGGGAACCUGCGGAAAGAUCCGAGCGUUUGGAGGGCUCCGAGAGGAACCGCGAGAGGAUGGAGCGACUAGACAGGAUGGAGGGCCAUUCUAGAGACAGGGAGUCCUCUCGGGAGUCCUCCAGGCACGAUCGCAAGGACAGAAGUACGGGAGACCGUGUCCUAGAAGAUUUGAGGGAAAGAUUAUUGGACAAGAGAAGGGAGAGACGGGAGGAUCCGCGCGACACUCGGAACUACAAGAUCGAGUCGUCCCGACACGAAGUGCGAUUCGAGGAGCCGCGAGAGAUGCACGAGCCACGCGACCGGCGAGAAGUACGGACGGAGGACCUUCGGGAGCGUCGUGAAGUGCGUACCGUGGACGACGGUAGGGAGCGUCGCGAGAUUCGCAUGGAGGAGCGGAGGCACACGCGGGCGAUCGUGGACGAGCGGCUCUCGGAGAGCGAGCUGAUGGAACGGUCCGAGAAGCGUCGCAAGAGAUCUCACAAGCACGAAAGAGUUCGCGAGAGGGACCAAGAGAAGAUGGGGCGCGGGAAGGGGCACCGGGACAAACAGCUGCGGGAGGCGAUGGAGAUCGUAACCGACGAGGAACUUAGGAGAGAAAGGCUGUUGGAGGCCGACAGAGAAACGGCCAGGCGGAAGGAGGUGUCCAGGAUGGAGUUGGAGGCGAGGAGAAUGAAGAGAGGCGAGAAAUGACCCGUGAGCCCGGACAACAACCCGGAUCCUUCGAUAGCAGAGCUGUCGGAUGAAAGCAUCAGUCCUGCUCAUUUCGAGGACGAGUCGAGACACUCGUCCGAAGGGGAGAGAAGUCCGCACGAGCGGUCGUCGGAGCGACACUCGUCCGACUCUUCGGAAUCUAGCAGCGACGACGACGACGACGAGUCUAACGAAUCGAUUAAAGGUUCCGCUGGCGACUCCAACGACGGUACGGAAUAUAACAAUCCAAGUCCGCUGUCUGUCGAUCGACUGGCCAAAUCCGAUCGUUCGGAUGGAGACUCUCCGGGACACGUUGAUUCUAACAAUGCUACGAAAACCGUGAAAGAGGAGAAACCGGAGUUACCGCCAUAUCUGCCGGCUAUUCAAGGUUGUAAAAGCGUCGAGGAAUUUCAGUGUCUAAAUCGAAUUGAAGAAGGUACAUAUGGAGUUGUGUACAGAGCGCGCGACAAACGCACGGAUGAGAUAGUCGCGUUGAAACGAUUGAAAAUGGAGAAGGAGAAGGAAGUUCCGAUUACAAGCCUGAGGGAGAUCAAUACAUUAUUGAAAGUGCAGCAUUCCAAUAUUGUUACCGUGCGAGAGAUAGUCGUCGGCAGCAACAUGGAUAAGAUAUUCCUUGUCAUGGAUUACAUGGAGCACGAUCUGAAAUCCCUCAUAGAAACCAUGAAGCAGAAGAAACAAGUUUUUAUACCUGGAGAAGUUAAAUGUCUUAUGCAGCAAUUGUUAUGCGCAGUCGCGCAUUUACGCGAUAAUUGGAUACUGCAUCGCGACCUAAAGACGUCCAAUUUGCUGUUAAGUCACAGAGGCAUUUUGAAAGUCUGCGAUUUUGGCUUGACUCGAGAAUAUGGCUCUCCCUUGAGGCAGUACACGCCGAUCGUCGUAACACGAUGGUAUAGAGCUCCUGAAUUACUUCUGUGUGAUAAAGAGUAUGCAGGAAUAUAUAGUACGCCUAUAGACAUGUGGUCCGUAGGGUGCAUUUUCGCCGAGCUUUUAAGGAUGAAACCACUCUUCCCGGGAAAAUCUGAUAUAGAUCAAUUGAAUAAAAUAUUUAAGGAGCUGGGUACACCGAGCGAAAGGAUCUGGCCAGGAUACGCCAAGUUACCCAUAGUACAAAAGAUUUCGUUCGCGCAUUAUCCUGUAAAUAAUCUCAGACAAAGAUUUAGCUUAUUGUUGUCCGAUUUAGGUAUCGAGAUGCUGAACAAAUUUUUCACGUACGAUCCUCGUCAACGUGUAACCGCCGAAGACGCCCUGAAUCAUGGCUACUUUACUGAAGCGCCUUUGCCAAUCGACCCGCAAAUGUUCCCCGCGUGGCCCGCCAAGUCGGAGCAAGGAAUCAGAACCACGAACGCGUCCCCGAAGCCACCGAGCGGCGGCAGAGAGUACAAACAAUUGGGUGACGGUGACGACGCCGAUUUGAGUAACUCCGGUUUCCACAUGGGCUUAACGGAGGGUGGCAGAGCGCCGGCGGUUGGUGGUGGCUUUUACUUGAAAUUCUAGUUGAAAGCGAGACUUUUGCACUCUGUGAAUUGUAACAGUGAACUUUUUAUUUACAUAGAUUUGUAUAAAAUACACACGUGGGUCUUUUGAAAAGUUCUCGAAAUGGAGUACAAUAACUCGCACACAUUAAAUGGAAACUACCAAUAUUUCUAUGAAUACACAAUAAAGUCAUACUUUAUCCCAUCAAAUAGAUUAAUUUUUUUUAUAGAUUUUUCAGUGAACGUAUCUGUGUGAUUUUUAAAAAAUGAACAAACUCGAGAUGCCACUGUGAUUAA